CAAGAGUCGCGGAAAGCCGAGAAAAUACGAAAGUAGUGAAAAGCCCACAGAAAAGCGUUUCACGAUCGUCAAGUUGAGAGAACUGCGGCAGUAAAUCGCGGCAACGUUCUUCGUUUAUGAGCGUUGGCACAUCACCGUACAUAAUUCCCCAAUGUCGUAACGUGAGGACAUUCGAUGCUUACAAAAAGUUUCGUGAAAGUUUUCGUCUAUAUUUCCACGUUCGUGCCUAGGACAAUGCGCAUGCAUACCAAAUGUCGCGGUACGACUUAUCCCGGAACGAACGUGCAGCGUUUAAAUGUACCAGAUGACAAGGUCCCCUGGACUGUGCAGUGGCCCGACUACAAGCCGCCUGAGUACAGCAUACCCGGCCUCUCGUCCAAGCCCUGGGCAGACCCUGAACUAGGGGCGGAUUUCUCGCCGUGCUGGAAUACCUUGGAUGGCAAUGUUGAUAGGUGGAGCCAUGAGGGUACAUACGCUGUGGUUGAUGGCAGGCCUCUGAAUCCUCAUGGCAGGACGGGACUGUCCGGACGGGGACGAUUGGGGCGGUGGGGACCCAAUCACGCUGGUGAUCCAAUCGUCACGAGAUGGAAGAGAGAUGCAACAGGCACUAAGGUUAUGAAUCAGCACAGCCAACUGCCAGUGCUGCAGUUUGUGGCCAUUGCAAGGAGAGACUCCGGCGAGUGGGCCAUUCCCGGAGGAAUGGUGGAUCCUGGAGAGCUGGUUAGUGCUACACUGCGAAGAGAAUUCUCUGAAGAGACCAUGAACAGCUUGUCUCUGAGUGAAAAGGACAGGCAUGCACUGGAGAAAUCUCUUGAGUCGUUCUUCAGUAAAGGCGUGGAGGUCUAUAAGGGCUAUGUGGAUGACCCACGGAACACAGACAAUGCCUGGAUGGAGACCGUUGCCUGCAAUUUUCAUGAUGAGAGUGGCAACAUCACGGGCAAGUUUGCCCUCGAAGCUGGCGAUGACGCAGCUAAGGUCAAAUGGACAGAUAUCAACAAGGAGCUCUGUCUUUAUGCGAGUCAUUCGGACUUUGUGCACAAGGUAGUUGAGCGACUCAAGGCUCACUGGUAAUGCAAUUUGUUCAGCAGUCACCACGCACCACCAAAGAUGUUUAUGUGCAUAAUUUUUUCUUCUACCUGGAACAAGCUUGUGUUACACAGGCCAGCAGAGUUCCAAUUUUUUUGGUACACUGACUGAACAUAAAAUGGUGGCCGAAAGCUACUCAUAGCAAAGCCUUUAUGAAUGGCUUUGCUUUGAAACAACUUUUUCUUGAAACAUGAGCAACCUGCUCAGGUAAUAUGCCUUUCGAGGAAUACACUAUUCGCAAAUAAACUAAUUUGUAGAGAACCUAAUAUGAACAAAGAUGCAGAGUGCAUUGUUUACUUCCUCUUAUUCAUUGGUGCCUCUCAAUUGGAGCAGUCCCAGUUGAGUACAAGUUACAUAUGAAGUGUGUGCACAGGAUAUUUCAGGAAGCUGACCAUUGUGUCCUCCCAUGUAGACCAAGCUGUUAAAAUACAGGAGUAUACUACUAAUUGCCACAUUAAUUUACUAGAGUUUGCCUCCUUCAUGCGUGCUGUACAUGACUGGAACUACCUACCAAAAGAAGUUAUUACUGCACCUCUUUCGCCUUAUGUGAAAAUACAUUUUGGAAAUGCUGAAAAAAACAUGAGUGAACAUUGUUUUUUAUUUGCUGUAUAGCACUAUGCAGUUGGAUUAAGCAUUUGUACGAAGCAUGCACUAUUGUGUUUUGCAUUAUGUUUGUAUUUUUUAUACUUUUGUUAAUAUCUUUUGUGUAUUUGUUUCUGCAUAUUCACCGUACAGUAAGGCCCAUGUGGGCACUGCAGGUAUCUGUGUAAAUAAAUAAUAGCACUGCCCUCCCUAUGACUUUUUCUUUUGUUGCACUUUCCACAGUGGAUUUACAUAACCCCCUUGAGACUGGUGUCUGAGAAAGGUGCCCAAAAGUGACAAAUUUUUUGUGAUAGGGUGAACGGCACACAUUAACAGUAACCCCUAUUUCAUAGAAAAUUUGGAAGGUGUGCAAGCAUGUGACCUGUGACCGAUGUCUAUGGUCUGUCAUGGAUGCUCCAACAUCACUGCCGUUGCCAUGUAGGGCAACAACGAUGCCACCUUAAGUAAGUAGAUUCAGGUUGUAGCGAUUGCUGUGAAAAACUUUUAAUGCCAUUCAUGUACACCCCCCCUUUUUUUUUUGAAAACUUGGCCCAAUGUUGGCGCGACAAAAACUACAGAUAUGAACCUUAAAGGGACACUAAAGGCAAAUAACAAUUUAUGUCAGAGUGAAAGCCCAAUGUAUGACAACUUCUAAAACGGCAAUAUUAUCAACAGCAGUGCCCUACUUACCGAGAAAUUAAGCUAAAUGUAUGACAUGAUGAGCGCCACGAGUGGGACAUUUUCGAAGUGAUCCCGAUGACGUAGGGAAGUCGGCCUACAAUAAAUCACUAGUAAUCAAACUAGCAGCAGUAAAAAAAGAACAUUCCGAGCAUCAAAAGACGUAAUAAAAUGCUGUUUGUUCGUUUCUGCUUGAUUCAUGGAAAACAAAACCUCCGUGGCGUUGCCAUGGGGAACGGCGCGCGUGGUUCAAAGGUUCCGUUUUCGCCGAACUGUGCCUCGCCCGUCUCAGUGGUAGUUUCGGGAUUGCGUACUGCCGUGCGUGUUUUGCGCGCUCGUGAAAGUCGCUCUGACAGAAAGUUCGACAAAAUUCCGCAUGCGUGUGAUAUUGCCGGAUGCCCGAAUGGUGCACAACGCCAGUGCUGCAGCAAGGAAACCGGUGUGUCUUUUCACUGGGUGCCGCGGAAUGACCACUUACGCUCGAAGUGGCUUAGUGUCAUGCCGUUGCGCCAGUGUGCUAAACAGUCAAAACCUCAGCGCGUGUGCUCGCUGCACUUUCGUACUGAGGAUUGCGAGACCAACCGCAACUUGGUGACGGCUUUGAAUGUGCCCAUCUGAGCAAGUCUUUGCCGCAGCGCCGUUGUUGCUACUGUGGGUCCCGCUACUUCCGCUCGGCUGCUACUAGUGUCGGCGGCCGCGCAGUAAAAGCGGGCAACGUUGGGCACGGCAGCAGUGACGUAUGAGAGUCGUAUUUUCAGACGGGAGAUUUGAAGCGUGCUAACGCGAUGCGGACCACUAAAAACGUGAUUUUAUUUCAAAAUAAGCACUUCCUUGGCACAAAAGCAGCGCUACGAGGUUUCUGGACCGCUAUUUCAACAAUCAACGUCGACUCAACAUUUGCCUUUAGUGUCCCUUUAAAGUAUAUUGAAUCUUCUGUGUACUUGACACAGCUAUACAUUUCAUUUCUAUGUGCUGGAUAGUGCUACAUGUGACCACAUUGCCAAAGGCACCAUCUCCGACUAGAUUUCAGCAUGUGCCAUGACCUGGCGAUUAAAAUUUUUGUGAAAAAGUGCUUUGUGUCUGAUUGUACAUUUAAUAAGUAAUACAGUGAACUCUUGCUUGAGUGAACUUCAAAGGACGCAAGGAAAUAGUUCACUUAACUAAAAGUUCACUAAACUGAAUAUUCACUAGAAUAUGGAACAGCAU